UGCCCACAACCUGGUUCAGCCCCUCAGGGAAGGGGGAGGGAGACAGAAAGACAGACAGGGAGGGCGCGUGGGUGGCUGGCUGGCCUCCCUCAGCCGACCAUGACGCCCAGCGGCAAUCUGAUGGGGACAGCCGAAGACCUUGCUGAUCAGUUCUUGCGUGUGACAAAGCACUACCUACCUCAUCUGGCUCACCUCUGUCUCAUUAGCACAUUCCUGGAGGAUGGCAUCAGGAUGUGGUUCCAAUGGAAUGAACAACGGGACUACAUCAACAUCUCCUGGGGGAGCGGCGUACUCUUAGCAACUCUGUUCGUGUUAAUCAACAUGUGUGGGCAGCUGGCUGGCUGUGUCCUUGUCCUAGCCAGGAAAUUUGUUCCUUACGCAUGCUUUGGCCUUUUUGGAAUCAUUUUCAUGCAGACAAUUGCCUACAGUAUUUUAUGGGAUCUGAAAUUUUUAAUGAGGAAUUUGGCUCUUGGAGGUGGACUGCUUCUGCUCCUUGCAGAAUCUCGUUCUGAGGGGAAGUCCAUGUUUGCUGGAGUCCCAACAGUGGAUUACACCUCACCUCGGCAAUACAUGCAGCUUGGUGGCCGGUUGCUCCUUGUUCUCAUGUUCAUGACACUGUUGCACUUUGAACUUGGUGCCUUCGCUAUCUUCCAGGACAUCUUUGGCAUGGUGCUCAUCAUUUUGGUAGCGAUUGGCUUUAAAACCAAGCUUGCUGCUCUUACACUGGUCAUCUGGCUUUUCAUCAUCAACCUGAUCCAGAAUGCCUUCUGGAGCAUCCCCACCUACAGGCCCCUUCAUGACUUCCUCAAAUACGACUUUUUCCAGACCAUGUCUGUCAUAGGUGGCCUGCUGCUGGUCGUAGCUUUGGGACCUGGAGGGGUUUCCAUGGAUGAACACAAGAAGAAGUGGUGAAGAUGGACUGUGAACAGGGCUUGGAGCAGGGCGGGAAAGGUGGGGUGGGGUGACGAUAAAUUACAGCUUUUACAAACCUGUGUAGAAUUUUAUUCUCUGAGUGAUCCUCUUGAGAUUUAUCAUGGUUCACGGUUGCCUUAUCAGGGUGGGAGAGCCUUUGCUUCCUAUCCUGUUUGAGACAUGUAAAUUAAAGUUGAAUUAUAUAUAUAUGUA